UUCAACGAGAACCACUAGCUUUAAUCUUUCUGGAGAAAACAAGACAAAGAGAUUCUGAUGAGAAAGAGAGAAAAAUUUUACAAAACAAAAGGACCAAACACACUAGUUAAGUAAUGAUAAUACACUCUCCAUCUCCUAUCCAUCGCACGAGUUUCUCGAACAGUCGAAGUAGAUCUCAGUGUCAGAGCCGCUUGGUGACUAGAUCGGCGGCGGUUCGUAUAUCCACGGGGGCUAUUGGGGUCGUAGCAGCGGCGGUGGUUAUGAUGACUUCUGUGUCUACAGCUUACGCAGAGCUUCCUCCUCCGCCGCAAGACGGUGAAACGCUAUCAAACGUACCGCAGACGCUAUCAGGUGAAGACUGCAAGAAACAGAGGAUACAACGACCCAAAUCCAAGAACGCAGAGAAAUGCACUGUUAAAUGCGUCAACACUUGCAUUCGCGGUGGAGACGGAGAAGGACCGCUCAAUAUCAGAAGGCCAUUAGUGGUGUUCAAACAAGGGUUUCGUAGCCGUAAUUACUGCUUAGUGGAAUGUUCGGAUAUAUGCAACUUGAUCGGAGAUGGUGACUAUGGACCUUGAAACGUUAUCAAAAAGAAGAAACUAUGGAUAAAGGACCUCAUGUACCUUCAUAUUAUUUUUUUGUAGAGUGUUGUUAAGUAUAAUAUUAAUUGAUGUUAAACGCGAUUUAAAAUGAUAUAAAUGUCUAUAACAAAAUUUGAGAGUGUCUUAAGCAAAAUAAAAUUUGAGAGUGUCUUGUUUCUU